AUGGCUAUUGAAUGCCUCGUCCUAGGCGCGGGACAAGAAGUGGGGAAGAGUUGCGUGGUUGUAACUAUAAACGGGAAGAAGAUAAUGUUCGACUGUGGUAUGCACAUGGGCUACCUCGACCACCGCCGGUACCCGGACUUCUCUUUGAUUUCCGGCGCCGGCGGCGACUUCACGAGCUCGCUUUCGUGCAUAAUCAUCACCCACUUUCACUUGGACCACAUUGGGGCCCUCCCGUAUUUCACUCAAGUUUGCGGCUAUCAGGGCCCCAUUUACAUGACGUAUCCAACGAAAGCGUUGGCCCCAUUAAUGCUUGAGGAUUAUCGGAAAGUGAUGGUUGAUAGAAGAAGAGAGGAAGAGCAGUUUAGCUCUGAGCAUAUUGUUGAGUGUAUGAAAAAAGUCACACCAGUGGAUCUUAAGCAGACAGUUCAGGUUGACAAAGACCUUCAGAUCCGAGCAUACUAUGCAGGGCAUGUUCUUGGUGCUGCUAUGUUCUAUGCCAAAGUUGGAGAUGCUGCCAUAGUGUACACAGGUGAUUACAAUAUGACACCAGAUAGACACCUUGGAGCAGCUCAAAUUGACAGACUACAGCUAGAUCUUGUGAUAACUGAGUCCACUUAUGCGACAACAUAUCGUGAUUCAAAAUAUGUUCGAGAGAGAGAGUUCUUGAAAGCAGUUCACAAAUGUGUUGCCGGGGGUGGGAAAGUUCUAAUCCCUACAUUCGCUCUGGGGAGAGCUCAGGAACUCUGUAUGCUAUUGGAUGACUACUGGGAGAGAAUGAAUCUCAAAGUUCCAAUAUAUUUCUCAGCAGGAUUGACCAUACAAGCGAAUUUUUACUAUAAAGUUCUUAUCAACUGGACCAGCCAGAAGGUGAAGGAUACUUAUGCAACACGAAAUGCAUUUGACUUCAAAAAUGUCUCCAGUUUUGAUCGUUCUUUGAUUAACUCUCCGGGUCCUUGCGUUCUUUUUGCGACACCUGGAAUGAUUAGCGGAGGUUUCUCACUUGAAGUUUUCAAGCAGUGGGCCCCAUAUGAAGGAAAUCUUGUUGCGUUGCCAGGAUACUGUGUGGCUGGAACUAUUGGACACAAAUUAAUGUCAGCCAAAACACCAACCCAAAUUAGGCUUGAUGAGGGUGUCCACAUUGAUGUGCGAUGCGAGAUUCACCAAUUGUCGUUCAGUCCCCACACUGAUGCCAAGGGAAUCAUGGACCUCAUCAAGUUUUUAUCCCCAAAGCACGUCAUCCUCGUACAUGGUGAAAAACCGAAAAUGGCCACCCUCAAAGAAAAAAUCCAAUCCGAGCUGGCAAUCAAAUGCUACUUCCCGGCAAACAACGAGACUGUAAGCAUUCCCUCGACUCACCACGUGGAAGCUAAUGCCUCUGAUUCAUUCUUGCAGAGUUGCAUGUGCCCGAAUUUCGAGUUCCCAGAAAAUGGGAAAGAAGAAGGAUGUCCCGAUUCGGACAAUGCUGAUUCACCACGCACGGGAAAAAUGCAGGUUUGUGAUGAUCGGGUGGCUCGGGGGAUGUUGGUCCUGAAGAAGGAUCAGGGUCCGAAAAUCGUGUGCCAAGAUGAGUUGAUGCAGGUUUUAGGAGUCGAAUUCGACAAAUCUUGA